AUGCCGUCGGGCCGGCCGCGGAAGGGGGCCGGGUUCGAGUCCGACUCCGCGGUCAACGGCGAUUACCGCAGGCCCUGCCGCAAAAUAAGGAAGAGCGAGCUAGAUGGAGACAUGAAGUGUCACUGCAGCGACCGAGAUAGAGACGUGGAGUCUCGUUGCAGCGAGCGAGAUGGAGACGUGGAGUGUCACAGCAGCGAGCGAGAUGGAGACGUGGAGUGUCACAGCAGCGAGCGAGAUGGAGACAUGAAGUGUCACUGCAGCGAGCGAGAUGGAGACGUGGAGUCUCGUUGCAGCGAGCGAGAUGGAGACGUGGAGUGUCACUGCAGCAAGCUAGAUGGAGACAUGAAGUGUCACUGCAGCGACCGAGAUAGAGACGUGGAGUCACGUUGCAGCGAGCGAGAUGGAGACGUGGAGUGUCACUGCAGCGAGCGAGAUGGAGACAUGAAGUGUCACUGCAGCGACCGAGAUAGAGACGUGGAGUCUCGUUGCAGCGAGCGAGAUGGAGACGUGGAGUGUCACUGCAGCGACCGAGAUAGAGACGUGGAGUCUCGUUGCAGCGAGCGAGAUGGAGACGUGGAGUGUCACUGCAGCGAGCGAGAUGGAGACAUGAAGUGUCACUGCAGCGACCGAGAUAGAGACGUGGAGUCUCGUUGCAGCGAGCGAGAUGGAGACGUGGAGUGUCACUGCAGCGAGCGAGAUAGAGACGUGGAGUCUCGUUGCAGCGAGCGAGAUGGAGACGUGGAGUGUCACUGCAGCGAGCGAGAUGGAGACAUGAAGUGUCACUGCAGCGACCGAGAUAGAGACGUGGAGUCUCGUUGCAGCGAGCGAGAUGGAGACGUGGAGUGUCACUGCAGCGAGCGAGAUGGAGACAUGAAGUGUCACUGCAGCGACCGAGAUAGAGACGUGGAGUCUCGUUGCAGCGAGCGAGAUGGAGACGUGGAGUGUCACUGCAGCGAGCGAGAUGGAGACAUGAAGUGUCACUGCAGCGACCGAGAUAGAGACGUGGAGUCUCGUUGCAGCGAGCGAGAUGGAGACGUGGAGUGUCACUGCAGCGAGCGAGAUGGAGACAUGAAGUGUCACUGCAGCGAGCGAGAUGGAGACGUGGAGUGUCACUGCAGCGAGCGAGAUGGAGACAUGAAGUGUCACUGCAGCGACCGAGAUAGAGACGUGGAGUCUCGUUGCAGCGAGCGAGAUGGAGACGUGGAGUGUCACUGCAGCGAGCGAGAUGGAGACAUGAAGUGUCACUGCAGCGACCGAGAUAGAGACGUGGAGUCUCGUUGCAGCGAGCGAGAUGGAGACGUGGAGUGUCACUGCAGCGAGCGAGAUGGAGACGUGGAGUCUCGUUGCAGCGAGCGAGAUGGAGACGUGGAGUGUCACUGCAGCGAGCUAGAUGGAGACAUGAAGUGUCACUGCAGCGACCGAGAUAGAGACGUGGAGUCUCGUUGCAGCGAGCGAGAUGGAGACGUGGAGUGUCACUGCAGCGAGCGAGAUGGAGACGUGGAGUGUCACUGCAGCGAGCUAGAUGGAGACAUGAAGUGUCACUGCAGCGACCGAGAUAGAGACGUGGAGUCUCGUUGCAGCGAGCUAGAUGGAGACAUGAAGUGUCACUGCAGCGAGCGAGAUGGAGACGUGGAGUCUCGUUGCAGCGAGCGAGAUGGAGACGUGGAGUGUCACUGCAGCGAGCGAGAUGGAGACAUGAAGUGUCACUGCAGCGACCGAGAUAGAGACGUGGAGUCUCGUUGCAGCGAGCGAGAUGGAGACAUGAAGUGUCACUGCAGCGAGCGAGAUGGAGACAUGAAGUGUCACUGCAGCGAGCUAGAUGGAGACAUGAAGUGUCACUGCAGCGACCGAGAUAGAGACGUGGAGUCUCGUUGCAGCCAGCGAGAUGGAGACGUGGAGUGUCACUGCAGCGAGCGAGAUGGAGACGUGGAGUCUCGUUGCAGCGAGCGAGAUGGAGACGUGGAGUGUCACUGCAGCGAGCGAGAUGGAGACAUGAAGUGUCACUGCAGCGACCGAGAUAGAGACGUGGAGUCUCGUUGCAGCGAGCGAGAUGGAGACGUGGAGUGUCACUGCAGCGAGCGAGAUGGAGACGUGGAGUCUCGUUGCAGCGAGCGAGAUGGAGACGUGGAGUGUCACUGCAGCGAGCGAGAUGGAGACAUGAAGUGUCACUGCAGCGACCGAGAUAGAGACGUGGAGUCUCGUUGCAGCGAGCGAGAUGGAGACGUGGAGUCUCGUUGCAGCGAGCGAGAUGGAGACGUGGAGUGUCACUGCAGCGAGCGAGAUGGAGACGUGGAGUCUCGUUGCAGCGAGCGAGAUGGAGACGUGGAGUGUCACUGCAGCGAGCGAGAUGGAGACAUGAAGUGUCACUGCAGCGACCGAGAUAGAGACGUGGAGUCUCGUUGCAGCGAGCGAGAUGGAGACGUGGAGUGUCACUGCAGCGAGCGAGAUAGAGACGUGGAGUCUCGUUGCAGCGAGCGAGAUGGAGACGUGGAGUGUCACUGCAGCGAGCUAGAUGGAGACAUGAAGUGUCACUGCAGCGACCGAGAUAGAGACGUGGAGUCUCGUUGCAGCGAGCGAGAUGGAGACGUGGAGUGUCACUGCAGCGAGCGAGAUGGAGACAUGAAGUGUCACUGCAGCGACCGAGAUAGAGACGUGGAGUCUCGUUGCAGCGAGCGAGAUGGAGACGUGGAGUGUCACUGCAGCGAGCGAGAUGGAGACGUGGAGUCUCGUUGCAGCGAGCGAGAUGGAGACGUGGAGUGUCACUGCAGCGAGCUAGAUGGAGACAUGAAGUGUCACUGCAGCGACCGAGAUAGAGACGUGGAGUCUCGUUGCAGCGAGCGAGAUGGAGACGUGGAGUGUCACUGCAGCGAGCGAGAUGGAGACGUGGAGUGUCACUGCAGCGAGCGAGAUGGAGACAUGAAGUGUCACUGCAGCGACCGAGAUAGAGACGUGGAGUCUCGUUGCAGCGAGCGAGAUGGAGACAUGAAGUGUCACUGCAGCGAGCGAGAUGGAGACAUGAAGUGUCACUGCAGCGAGCUAGAUGGAGACAUGAAGUGUCACUGCAGCGACCGAGAUAGAGACGUGGAGUCUCGUUGCAGCCAGCGAGAUGGAGACGUGGAGUGUCACUGCAGCGAGCGAGAUGGAGACGUGGAGUCUCGUUGCAGCGAGCGAGAUGGAGACGUGGAGUGUCACUGCAGCGAGCGAGAUGGAGACAUGAAGUGUCACUGCAGCGACCGAGAUAGAGACGUGGAGUCUCGUUGCAGCGAGCGAGAUGGAGACGUGGAGUGUCACUGCAGCGAGCGAGAUGGAGACGUGGAGUCUCGUUGCAGCGAGCGAGAUGGAGACGUGGAGUGUCACUGCAGCGAGCGAGAUGGAGACAUGAAGUGUCACUGCAGCGACCGAGAUAGAGACGUGGAGUCUCGUUGCAGCGAGCGAGAUGGAGACGUGGAGUCUCGUUGCAGCGAGCGAGAUGGAGACGUGGAGUGUCACUGCAGCGAGCGAGAUGGAGACGUGGAGUCUCGUUGCAGCGAGCGAGAUGGAGACGUGGAGUGUCACUGCAGCGAGCGAGAUGGAGACAUGAAGUGUCACUGCAGCGACCGAGAUAGAGACGUGGAGUCUCGUUGCAGCGAGCGAGAUGGAGACGUGGAGUGUCACUGCAGCGAGCGAGAUAGAGACGUGGAGUCUCGUUGCAGCGAGCGAGAUGGAGACGUGGAGUGUCACUGCAGCGAGCUAGAUGGAGACAUGAAGUGUCACUGCAGCGACCGAGAUAGAGACGUGGAGUCUCGUUGCAGCGAGCGAGAUGGAGACGUGGAGUGUCACUGCAGCGAGCUAGAUGGAGACAUGAAGUGUCACUGCAGCGACCGAGAUAGAGACGUGGAGUCUCGUUGCAGCGAGCGAGAUGGAGACGUGGAGUGUCACUGCAGCGAGCGAGAUGGAGACAUGAAGUGUCACUGCAGCGACCGAGAUAGAGACGUGGAGUCUCGUUGCAGCGAGCGAGAUGGAGACGUGGAGUGUCACUGCAGCGACCGAGAUAGAGACGUGGAGUCUCGUUGCAGCGAGCGAGAUGGAGACGUGGAGUGUCACUGCAGCGAGCGAGAUGGAGACAUGAAGUGUCACUGCAGCGACCGAGAUAGAGACGUGGAGUCUCGUUGCAGCGAGCGAGAUGGAGACGUGGAGUGUCACUGCAGCGACCGAGAUAGAGACGUGGAGUCUCGUUGCAGCGAGCGAGAUGGAGACGUGGAGUGUCACUGCAGCGAGCUAGAUGGAGACAUGAAGUGUCACUGCAGCGACCGAGAUAGAGACGUGGAGUCUCGUUGCAGCGAGCGAGAUGGAGACGUGGAGUGUCACUGCAGCGAGCGAGAUGGAGACAUGAAGUGUCACUGCAGCGACCGAGAUAGAGACGUGGAGUCUCGUUGCAGCGAGCGAGAUGGAGACGUGGAGUGUCACUGCAGCGAGCGAGAUGGAGACAUGAAGUGUCACUGCAGCGACCGAGAUAGAGACGUGGAGUCUCGUUGCAGCGAGCGAGAUGGAGACGUGGAGUGUCACUGCAGCGAGCUAGAUGGAGACAUGAAGUGUCACUGCAGCGACCGAGAUAGAGACGUGGAGUCUCGUUGCAGCGAGCGAGAUGGAGACGUGGAGUGUCACUGCAGCGAGCGAGAUGGAGACAUGAAGUGUCACUGCAGCGACCGAGAUAGAGACGUGGAGUCUCGUUGCAGCGAGCGAGAUGGAGACGUGGAGUGUCACUGCAGCGAGCUAGAUGGAGACAUGAAGUGUCACUGCAGCGACCGAGAUAGAGACGGACGGCGCGCCUGGCCGUGCCGCUGCUCGCCCGGCGCGGCGGUGCCCCUGCGCCGGGCCGUGCCGCCGCCGAGCGUGCAGGGAUGCCGGGCGGGCGGUCUAGUCGUCAGGGGCAAGCUGUCGCACCCGCGGUCUCUCCGAGUGGCCGUGUGUCUGGAAUGUGCCUCUCACCGCCUCCUCGCCAUCAUGUUUGCCAUGACGGAAUAUUUCGGGGAGUUCGCCCUGGCCAGCUCGCUCGCCCUGCGCACUUACGGCUCCCUGGAUGUCGAGGGCGGCAUGUUCAGUGCAGGUUUGCCCGGAGGGGGCGGGCGGCAGGGCAAACAGUCAGCGGCGUCUCGCCUGCAGGCCCCCCCUCCCGCUCCGUGUGUCACUGUGACGGGCCCGGAUGACGUCACCGCGCCUGCAGGCCCACCCCCCUCCGCUCCGUGUGCCACUGUGACGGGCCCGGAUGACGUCACAGUGCCCGCGGGGCCCCCUGCUCCGUGUGCCGCUGUGACGAGCCCGGAUGACGUCACAGCGCCUGCAGGCCCCCCCUCCCGCUCCGUGUGCCACUGUGACGGGCCCGGAUGA